AUGACUAGCCAGGGCCAGGAUAGCGCUGUGGAGGUGGUGAUCCCAUCUACCAUGAAAGCGGCUGUUUGCAAGGAGGCAGCUGCUACUUGUGUAGUCGAGAAUAUUCCAGUGCCUAAGCCGACAGGCAGGCACCUUCUGGUCAAGGUCAAAGCAGCAUCGCUAUGUCAAACAGAUUUGACGGUUAUGAGCGGCAAUGUCGGCACACACUGGUUUCCCCUGAUUCCGGGUCACGAAGCGGUCAGUGUCGUGGUGCAAGUCCCAGAAGAAGCCACCCCUUGGGGCUUCCAGGUUGGUGACCUGGUUGGCGCUCCUCUCUGGUGCGAUUUCUGUCUGGACUGUUGGUCUUGCAAAACUGACCAGUACGAGUAUUGCGUCAACCUCAAAGCGAAAGGUGUUCACGCGCCAGGCUACUUCAGCGAGUACACGACGGUAGACGCAGCGAGUGCAGUCCUGAUUUCCCGCAAAUUUGGCGUCGACACGCCGCUCCAGGGGUCAGACAGGCGACUCUCACCAAUAUUCUGUGCUGGCAUCACGGUUUGGGAUGGUCUGGUGCAAGCGAAACUGGCAUUUACCGACUCGGUCGGCGUCAUCGGCGUGGGUGGCCUGGGCCAGGUUGCCACAGCCUAUCUGACUUCACUCGGGCACAAAGUGAUAGCUAUGGAUGUGGAAGAGAAGCAACUCACCGCGUGCACAGAAUACUACCCUGGCAUCGAGACGAUCGACAUAAGCAAACACCCAGAUCUCCCUGCAAGGGUGAAGGAAUUGAACGGUGGCAAUCUCCUCAACGCUGUCUUUGUGACCUCGGGCGCCAAAGCUGCAUAUGAUUCCGCCUUGCCACUGCUGGCGCCAUAUGGCAAAAUGAUCGUCCUAGGGCUCCCACUCAAACCAGUCGAGAUAUCGGCUCAUAUGAUGUCAGACAACAGACUCAGUGUAGUUGGAGCACGCGUACCGAACGCAGCAUCUGCCGCAAAAUGCCUCGAGUUCUGUCAAAGGCUAUCCAUAUACCCACGAGUACAUCACAGAAAUUUCAAAUUGGAGGACUUGAACGAAAUGAUGGCUCUGAUGUCUUCGGGCCAGGUCGACGAAGGCCGCAUGACAGUAUUCUUUGAUUAA